UCUCUCUCUCUCUCUCUCUCUCUCUCUCUCUUUCUCUAUCUCUCUCACUUUAUCUUCACAUUCGCAUUUGAAAAAUGAAUACAAUCAUCAAUAUUUGUCUAUGCUUAAUUGUUUUCAAAGGAGUUCUAGUGUUUGGCAUUGAAGAUUACAAUUGUUUUACUUGUACUUAUUUGUCAUGGGAUCUUUAUAGGGAUGAGGCUUGUGGAUGGGGUAAUAAUUUUACAGUUCCGGAAACUCCUAUUAAUAACAACAGAGUUGAAAGUGGGUGUAAAAAAUGUGGCCUUAUACUUAUAUGGAAAUUCGGCCAAAUCUAUGAAAUUAGCCGUUACUGCCUUUUAGAAUUGGGUAACGAACCUUGGUCUGAAAUAGAAAGUCAAUGUUCAAGUGAAUUGUUACAAAAUGGAGAAUACGAAUUUUGUUAUUGCGAUGGUAAUUAUUGCAAUAGGAACAAUAGCGCUACUCACGAAUGCGACGAUUUUGGUCAAAAUAAUACAGAUGUUACAUCUGUUAAUUAUAAUGCUAAUAGAAAACCUACAAAUAAACUUGCGUUAUACAACAAACUCUCAAAUAUUCAACCCUUAAGCUCACCUAAACAAUUAACUACAUGUUUCCUAUGCCAUUGGAGAGAUGGAUUAAGCGACUAUCCGUACGAAGCUAGAUGUGGCUAUGGUAACAAUUUUACAAUUCCAAGAGAUAUUAACGAUCCGUCAGUGAAAACGAAUUGCGAUUCAUGCCUUAUCUCCAUCCUCUGGAAAAGAGGCAAAAUUUUCGAAAUAAGUAGAACUUGCCAAAGACCUUAUAGUGUGGGGAACGAAUGGCAGAAUUAUGUUCCACAUUGUUCAAAACAAAAAUUAAAAGACGGCAUUGAUGAAUAUUGUUACUGUUCAGAAGAUUAUUGUAAUGAGAAUAAGGACGGUAUCAAAUCAUUUUGUCAAGUUCAAGUUGAACCUAAACCGAAAGAGUACCAUUGUUACCAAUGCACCUAUCGGUACGGCGAUCCGUUUACUGAUUUUCAAUGUAAUUAUGGAAAUAAUUUUACAAUACCAGAAGAUACUAAUGAUCAUAGAGUUGUUAAAAAUUGUCUUAAAUGUGGACUUAUUCUCACGUUAAAAGGAGACUUGGUCUAUGAGGCAGUGAGAUUCUGCCUAAAUGAGCUUGGCGAAGAGGAAUGGAUGGGGUACGAAAAUCAAUGUUCCACUGAAUUACUUCACGGAGGACAACAUGAUUUUUGCUUUUGUGAAGGAAAUUAUUGCAAUAGAAAUAAGAACGUUAAACACAAUUGCGAUAAUUUAGCUAAAAAGGUCACCAAGAAGGACAUAGCCUUAGUCCCUCCUUUGGCUUCCAAAGAAUUAUUAACUUGCUUUUCUUGCUUUUGGCUUCGGGGGGGAAGUGCUUAUCCAUACGAUGGCAGAUGCGGAUAUGGAAGAGAAUUUUCUGUUCCAAAAAAUACUUCUGACGUUUCCGUUGAUACUGAUUGCGGUUCUUGUUCUCUUACCAUAGUUUACAAGAAAGAUGAUAUUUAUGAGAUUUCACGAACUUGCCUACCCAACCAUUCGUCUGUUAACGAAUGGCUUACUCCGAUUCCUAGCUGCUCCGAGCAUGAGUUAAAUGGGGGGACGGAGAUAAAUUGCUAUUGUUCGGAUAGUUAUUGCAAUGAAAAUAGCGCCGGUUUAAAUUCGACAUGUGAAACGAUCAAUAAUUCUUCUCGUGGUACCGUUAAUUGUUUCGAAUGCUCCUUCGGACCUCAUGACCCUUUUAGCGAUCCGGCUUGUUCGUGGGCCGAUAAUUUUACAAUCCCCGAGGAUAUUAGCGAUCGAAGAAUCGUUAGAAAUUGCAAGCAGUGUGGUCUAAUUGUACUGAAAAGAAAUAACUUCAUUUAUGAAGUACAAAGGUAUUGUUUAAGGGAUUUUGGAGAAGAAGAAUGGAAACUUCCAAAGAGUCAAUGUUCUCGAGAACUUUUAUUGGGCGGCGAGCGUACUUACUGCUAUUGCGAGAACAAUUACUGUAAUAAAGACAACGAAGCCACAGAUGUUUGUCAUAUGACAAACAAUUCAAUUGAACAAACUAUAUCUGUUCCACCGUCUGUUGAAUUAAAGCGGAAUCUGAUCUGUUUCAACUGUUUUUGGAAGAGAGGACCAUUAGACGACACAUAUGAUGGAAGAUGUGGAUAUGGUACCGAGUUCUCAGUUCCAAAAUCCACAUCAGAUGCAUCGGUUGCAACUGGAUGUGACUCAUGCUUGCUGAGAGUUGUUUGGAAAAAGAAUGACAUUGAAAUGAUUUAUAGAACUUGUCAAAGUCAAUUGAACGCUGAAUUAGCGUGGAUGGGCUAUAGGGAAGGUUGUACUGAGAAAAUAUUAGCUGGUGGUAAAGAGGACUUUUGCUACUGUUCUAAAAAUUAUUGUAACGAAGUUAAGGACGGUAUUCCAUCCAUUUGUGAUAUAGAAAGUUCUACAACAUCUAAAUUAUCUUCCUCUACUGUUACUACCGGAUCAGAUGCUAAUAUAAUUAGGAUAAAUUGUUAUGUCCUACUUUUAACUAUUAACGGACUGCUAAGCUAUACUCGCUCUUUAUUAUGAACAUAAUUUCAUUAAUCAAUUUUUUUUUUUUUAUAAUCAACAAUAAAAAUUUGCAUAUUUAGUAGCAAAAAUAAUAUAAUUUAUGUCGUAACAGAUUUUAUAACGUAAAGCUAAAACUGUAAUUCCUACCAAAGGAAGAGUCACUUAAAGAGGCAGUAUGUCACAAGACAUUAAUGUAACGUAAAUUGGAGAAUUUUGUCCAUCAAGCACCUUCUACUAUUUUUUCUUUAAAAGGAAAAUAUAAAGGUUUUCUGAUUAAGAAUAUAUGAAUUGUUUUAAAAUAAGAAUUGUUAUUGUUUUACUAUAAUAUAGUAACUAAACAAUUUUCUUGGUUUUGUCUUGAAGGUUUUUAGCGGUUUUAAAAAAAAAUUGUUAAUUUUUGAAUAAAAAAAGACAACCAGUCCUAAACGAAUUAAGUAGGUAGAACGUGUUGAAUGCAUCGUUUUAGCUAAAGCGUAUGUAAAUAGAUAAGACAACAACAACGUAUACAGUUCCGGUAUAAUAACAAGCAAACAAACAUUCUCUAAAACCGCUAACGUCCGAAAGAAAAACAAAAAGAGAUCGAAACAAUCAUUUGUUAAAAGGAGUCCGGUUUAUAUAUCCGUUCGACUAAGACAACUCGUACGUUUCGGUUGGCGUACUGCUGCAAAUUUUGCCGAUUAGGCGAAGGCGGUGAACUGUGAGUUAAUAAGUCGGACGAAUCGGCUGCCUGGGACGAAGAGGAGGCGAAUGAAGUUGUUGUACUUUCGGUACCUUCAAACCAGUUCCUCCUUUCUUUCAUUCGAGCAACCUGACGACGCUUGACGGAAUUAAAUCUGUUGAGGCUUCCACAUUUUUCAUUUUCACAAGCAGUGGAUACUUCAGGUGCAGAUACCGAAUUGACCGCUUGUAAUGGUUGAUGCCUAUGUACAACGGUUGGUGACGGUGUCGUCGGCCGCUCUUCGUACCUGAAUCGUUCCUUAACGCGUAUAUAAGUAUUGGUUAUAUGGCAAAAGUAGGUAAUAUUUCGGUUGCCGAAUAAAGAGGGCACUCCGAAAUCGUUUAUUAGCAGUCGAAUCAAAGUCGAAGCCCUUUCUACAUCUUCCUUUGAAUGAGCGCAAGUGUGAAACAGAGAUCCAGCUACGGAUUUAGCCAAAGCCUCAGUUGACAUUGUAUUGAAUUCGGCGUGAUUUGUUACUCGGAAGAAAGUUCCAAAAAGAAGAGCUAAUAAUUGUUGAGUAGCCUGGGAUAACCGGGAUAAAAUGGAGUUAAUCUGAUCGUAUUGUUCGAGUUUCGAAUUGAAAUUAAGAGUAGCUAGUAAAUCCGUUUCUGCUUCCCUACCGAGUAUGCCGCCUGGAAUGCGUAGAAGGAAUUGUUUGAGCACAGAAGCCAAUGUAUAAAAGUUAUAUUCCUUCAAAAUCACUGGUUUGCCCUCCACCAGCCUUUUCAUGACGACUCGCUGGUCGGCAGCGUUUCCGGGUCGCCGAAAUAAGCCGGGCGUCGUGACGCCUUCCCGAGCGAUGUACACAAGUAUGUCGAUGAUGGGUGUGGGCAAGCCGUAUUUAAAAGCUUCCGUUAAGGGAGAGUUGAACUUGACGACUUGAGUAGGUGCAGAGCCAGCACGAUCCGACACGCAACUUAACAUCAGAUUUCUUAUUGUCGACAUUGCACGCUAGCACCACCUACCUGCGAAAAUAGGAAACACUGUAAUUGCGCCAUAUCAACUGGAUAAAUAAUCUUCAUAAUCGAUAACUAACAUCUGUACUUUCAACAUACGCCGUUCGACUAUUCGCCGAUUGUCUUUAACUUAUUAAAAGAGUGCUGCGCAAAUUGAUCGUCUUGGAUAACGACAAAGCAUUGUUAAGUUGGAGCAAAAAAACUUAAUGCAAACGUAAAGUGUUUGUACUAUUCGCUUCCAGCUGAUAAAGGAAUAUGAAUUUACAAAGAAAAAAAAUAUAACAUAGCAAAAUGAAAUAGAAAAUCAGCAACGUGCCCAAUAAAACAAUAUAUUACCAUCAGUAUGAUAAACGUAUAAACUCACUAUCAUUCACUACCAUAGUACUGCUGUGGCAAUAACGUUACGAGUAAACCAGCAUUAAUCGUACUUAAUGAAUCAGUCACAAGCUUAAUUACGAGGCCAAACCAUUAAACAAUUUUCAAAUAACGGACUGCAUUACAUUUAUAAGGUAUAUCGUCAUUUUUUAUUCUUAGAAAAGAAUUUCCCAUCCAUUUUCAUUCAGUUCAUCAAUAAAUAGAACAUUUUACACAUUCGUUCUUUUUUUAAAUUGUCUUAUAAAAAAAAAAUUUCAAAUAUCUACGUAAAUUUUUUUCGCAACGUAAUUAAUUCUCUCAGUUUACACGACAUCCACCCUUAUGACCAGCAUAUAUCAGAUCGUGGACAGUAAAUAGUAUUGCACCGGAGUAGCGUGCCAACACCGUUCAAUCCCAG